ACAGUGCAGUGCUUCUGACAACUACAAUUUCAAUCUAUCGUUCUUCAGUUUCUCUGUUUUGCACAUGACAAAGUCAUUUAAUUAUUCAUUGUAGUGCAGAUUGGUUAAAGAGAUAAAGUAUUUGUUCCGACAAACAGACUACAGUGAUGAAGACCUGCAGCCCAGACAUGAAGCUCACGGCUCUCGUCAUCCUGAUGAUCAACAGCUACUGUGCCUUCUCACAAAUUCCUCAUGAAGUUCUCUAUGUUGGGGGCUGCUUUGAGAAUGGCACAACUGAAGUUCAUUUUGAGUUGGAUGCUGAAGAGAUUUUAUACGUGGAUUUUGACAGAGAGGAGAUUGUGUACACUGUGCCCAGAUUUAUUGUGGAUGACCCAAGUGAAAUAUUUGACACAGCGCAUAUAUUAAAGAAUGUCAAGAAAGGCAGGACCGUAUGUAAAGCAGCUGUGGAAUACUUCAAACUGGAAGAAAGAGGUCCCCCAGAAGAAACAGAUCCCCCUGAGAACGUCCUCUACCCUGCAGACGAUGUCCAGCUGGGCGUUGAGAACAGCCUCGUCUGCUUCGUGAAUCAUUUCUAUCCACCUCACAUCAAAGUCACCUGGACCAGAAAUGGUCAACAGGUGUUGGAGGGGGUGUCACUCAGUCGAUAUUAUCCCAACAAUGAUCAAACCUUCCACCAGUUCUCCACCCUGACAUUCACGCCGAGGGAGGGGGACAUAUACAGCUGCACUGUGGAGCACUUAGCCCUGGACAGGCCUAAAACAAAGAUCUGGGAACCGACAUCGAACCGUCCUCACAGUGUUGGACUAGACGUGUACUGUGGAGUGGGCCUGACUGUGGGCUUGUUGGGAGUCGCAGCUGGGACAUUUUUAAUGGUGAAGGGACACCAUGGACAGUAA